CAGCUUUUCAGUGCAGAGAGAGGGAGCUGAUCAUACGAGUACCCUGACAUUUAACUGAGAAACGAAAGCCAGAAAGCACAGAGUGAAAACAAUAGAGUACACACCUUCAGCAAGGGCUUUGUCUCGGCAGCACUCUGUCUCUCGCUGGGUACCCUCUGCACAGCAUCUGCGGGUCUUCACUGGGGACUAGCUCGGGAAGGAGUUUUGUGUUUUCCCACCAAGCAAGGGCUCCAGGCAGCAAAUCCUCUUGGGUGUCCUGUUUAUCAGCCAGUGCUCCUGGCAGUUUUCCCCACAUGGGGAGAUCGGAGCUGUGUGCAGCUUCAUACUAGUGCUGGUCAUGGGUGGAUGUCACAGUAUGGGCAGAUCAGCAAUUGUAGAACAUUCACCAAGAAAGCAGGAAUUUAUAGAUCUCAAUGGACCAAACCUAGAAUCAGGAAGUGGUGUGACUUUCAUGUUCAGGAAGAACAACAACAUCACAAAAUCACCCCGUUCGCUUACUGGAAAGCCUUACUUACAGCCUGGCUGUGUUUCAGAAAGGAUCGUACAGGUGGAUUUGAAAACGUUGGUGUCUCUCCCCAAUGGGUUCGACAAGGCUGAGUGGAUGGCCACAAACACGAUUGCUUUCUUCAAGCACAUCAACGUGUUGUCAGGCGCUGUGUCUGAGUUAUGCACUGGUACAACCUGUCCAACCACUUCUGCUGCCGGUAACAAGACCUACUAUUGGCAGGACGACCAUGGGAAAAGAGUGAAGUGCUCAGGUCCGCUCUACACAGACUAUGCAAUGUCCUACAUACAGGAACUGCUUACUGAUGAAAACGUUUUUCCUACCAAAAAUGGUUCUACUUUCCCCAAUGGGUUUGUCUUCAUGGUCCAGAAGAUCUUUCUUUACUUGUUCCAUAUCAUGGCCCAUCUGUAUUGGGCACACUACAGAGACAUAGUGAGACUAGAGCUGCAUCCCCACCUCAACACCCUCUACGCACACUUCAUGGCUUUCAACAAAGAGUUUGGCAUCCUUGAUCCACAGGAGACUGCCAUCAUGGAUGACCUGACAACCGCUUUGUCUAAACACAGCCUUUACUAAGAGCUCCUUUAAGGACAAUGGUCAGUCUUACUGUACCUCUUGCUUUGAUGGACAUUGUUAAGUGCUAUUGUAAAACAAGGCAGUGAAGAAAUGAUCUGUAACGCAAGGUUUCCUGGAGUUUUGAAAUAAUCCUCUAAUGAAGGCAAAAAAAACCAAAUGGAAAGCUCUCCACAUUUUUUGUUUUGAGGAAUAAAAACAAACCGGAUGUUCAUGAUUGUGCAACAACACAUGACUUAAGGAUCAUUGGCCUACGUUGAUUUUUUCAAAGCUUUCAACCCUGUCCCUAAGAUGAAUACAUUCUCUUGUCAAGAGCAGGGAUGGGCAAAUAUCUGAAAGUGCUGAGAAUAUACAAUUUACCUAUUGCCAGAUCUGAAUGAAAAAGUGUUUACUGCAGGUUUUGUUGGAGUAUUUUGGGACUUUGGAUCAACAGUUUGGUGGGAAACUUUCAAAUCAUAUACUUGAUAUUUGUAGUAACAACCAUCCCAAACACAAGGAUAUCUAUCUAUCUUCUUCUAAAGGACACCUACCUCAGUAACACACAGCGUGAAGCCACAAGCAAGUAGUCUGUUCAAUAUCAGGUCACAACCAGAGUUGCUUUUGAAAACUACAGCAACCAAUUGUCUUUUAGCAUUAUAUCCCUAUGUAAACAAUUCUUUCCGUUUGUGAUGACGUAAAUGUACCUGUUAAUCCUUUUUAUUUGUAAAAGGGAACAUGUAAAUUAUAUAUUGGGGUUUCUUUAUUUAAUAAAGAAUAUACAGAAUUAUUUCCCAUCAGCUUCCUCUGAAUCACUAAAACAGAUUUUUAGCUUGUAUAUUCACUUUCUUUUUUUUUUUUUUUAUCUGAAUGGUUUUAUUUGUAGUUCAGACUGUUUGUGGUUUAACGUCAGGUCAGCAGCAGCAUUAAAUGCUAACAGGAGUUUGUCAAAAGAAUGUCUAUACUGCCAUUUUAUACAUGGACUAGGCUGGAGGAUUCUUUGAAGACAAUUCACUUUUACCAAAAUGUUGUAUGCCAAAGCUAUAUUAAAUCCUGUGUCAUCGCUUUUAAUUCAUUUUGUGUAUUACACACUAGAGAAUCUGAGCAGGUAGUUGUGUGCUUGAGAACAAAAUGGACACAGUAUAUAGUAAAAUCCAUAUUUUGGACUAUCAACUUCCAGUUGAACUUGCAUCUAUAGUUUACAAGCAACUAAUCUACAGUCAGCACUCACAUAUCCGACCCUAUAAAAUGUUUGUGGGACUUCAGCGACAGUUAAACGAGCGUGAUGCAUAUCUCAUUAUUUCAGUAUGAUUUGACGUAUGUGUAGCCGAGGUGAUAACUUGACCCCUACCAUCAAAACAAACCCCCUGCCCUGCGCGCGCGCACACACACACAUUGUACGGAAAGAAAAAAUAAGACUUGGGUUUGAGGAACUGUACAUUAUAUUGUAGUGUGUAUUUUUCUUUUCUGUGGCACUGUUGCCAUUUCAUUUUUCUUAUUUUUGAUAUAUCACAAAAGACGGAUCAUGACGAUGGUAGAUCGUUCAUGGAAGAUUUGUUUCUGCAGGGUCAAGGCAGGAUAUUUACAGCAAUGUGUCUCGAAUGUUUAAUUAUGUGAAGACAAUCCUCCUGUUAGUUUUGUUUUUCAUCCACAGGGGUAUUUAAUUGAUUCUUUCAUUUAAAUUUGUUAGCACACAAGUUGGGGGGGGGGGGGGGGAAAUAACACAGAAGUAAAAGACAAACACUUGUCCGUUUUUUUCAGGGAAUACAAAAAAGAUACAUAGCUGAAAGGACUGGGUUUUAAAACACGUAGGCUUCCAUUUAGAUG